GAUGCUGCGACCGAGCUCCUGUGCGCGCGAGCUCAGGCAGCGGCUCGACCCCUCCUCCAAAGAUGUCGCAGGAGCUCCGGUGCUUCUCCUCCUCCGCCGCCGCCGCCGCUCCGCUCGUCCCGCUGCCCUGAACUGUUCACCGAGUCCGGUCCGACCUCUCACGGCCGGGAGCAGCAGCCAGCCCGGUCCUCCCCCUCUCCUCCCUCCCUCCCUCACUCAGCACGGAGGUGUUUAAACCGGCGCAUCCUCUCUCUCCUCCCUCCCUCUCUCUCUCUGUCACUCACCCUCUCUCUCUCCCCUCUCUCCUCUCUCUCUCUCUCUCGCUCUCUCUCCUCCACCGCCGCAGAACUCCGCCGACCAACCGUCAGGUGACCGGAGCGGAGCGGAAUAUUCAUCAGCACCGUCGUCGUCUUUUCAUCCCUUCACUCCUUCGGACUCCAGGCGACCGGAGCUGCCGCAGCCCCCGGUUCUCUUCCCCUCCCCAACCCCCCUGUAUCCUCUCAUCCGGUCUGGGACAUUCUCCGCUCCACGCACACGCAGAUUAACGGGGAUUCUGCCUCCCCGCCCGCGCGCUGAUGCUGAUGUCCUUGAGCUCGGCCUGCACGGUGCUGGUGGUGCAGCAAUAGCUACCUCUGAACUGGAUCCGCUUCCUGUCUCUGAUUUAUCAGCUGCCUUUGCCUCGCUCGCCCCUCUCUCCAUCCGUCCGUCAUUCUCCCAUCGCCGUCUGCAGGUCCGUCUGCCCGUCCGUCCGUCCGUCCAUGGACUGGCUGUGACCCCGGAGGGAGGGGGACAGAAACGAGGAAAGAGCGGAGUUGCAGAGGACACGAAGGAAAAGAAAGCUGGAUUCAUUCAGACGUCACGCUUCUGAAGUGCCCCUGCUCGCCGUCCUUCAUCCCCCUCACCCUCCUCCUCCUCCUCUGCCUCCCUCUGUUAUAGAGAUUUAAAGGAGCGGUGGGAGGCAAAGGCCGAGAUAGGUAGAAGAAAAACAAUUCACAACCAACGCCCUCUCAUUGCCCUUAUAUAUAUUUAAAGAGGGGUUUGGGCGUAUUGGCGCAUUUUUUUAUAAAUAAAAAUAUUUAGACAGAAAACCGAGACUGUGGAGCACAUGAACAACCCUCCAACAAGCAGACGAAAGGGGACCUGAGCAGACUACGGAGAGAGAGGAGGACCAAAACAGAGGAAAACAUUUACUGAUAUGUCAACGACAGCCACGAUGGGUGAAAUGGCAAACAGCGCUGUGGAGUUUUAUCCUAAAGGGACUCGAGGCGGGGGUGGAGGAGGAAGGGCAGAUGGCAGCCAUGCAGGCGGAGACUUUGGGGUCACGGUUACGGAGCUCAGGGAGCUGAUGGAGCUCCGAGGAGCUGACGCCAUACAGAAGGUCCAGGACAGCUAUGGAGGCACAGACGGCCUCUGCCAGAGACUACAGUCCAGCAUCACUGACGGCCUCAGUGGCGACCCGGUGGACCUGGAGCGUCGAGGCCAAACGUACGGCCAAAACUUCAUCCCCCCGAAGAAGCCCAAGACCUUCCUGGAGCUGGUGUGGGAGGCCUUGCAGGAUGUCACGCUCAUCAUCUUGGAGGCCGCAGCCAUCAUCUCCCUCGGUCUCUCCUUCUACCAGCCUCCCGGAAAGGAAACCGAAUCUUGCGGGAAUGUGUCAGGGGGCGCAGAAGAUGAAGGCGAGGCCGACGCCGGCUGGAUCGAGGGUGCAGCUAUCUUGCUCUCUGUUGUGUGCGUCGUCCUCGUGACGGCGUUUAAUGACUGGUCCAAAGAGAAGCAGUUCCGCGGUCUGCAGAGUCGGAUCGAGCAGGAACAGAAGUUCACCGUCGUGCGGAAAGGAAACGUCAUCCAGAUACCUGUGGCUGACAUGGUGGUGGGCGACCUGGCUCAGGUCAAAUACGGUGAUCUGUUGCCAGCUGAUGGGAUCCUGAUCCAAGGCAACGAUCUGAAGAUAGAUGAGAGCUCCCUCACAGGAGAGUCUGACCAUGUACGCAAAUCUGUGGAGAAGGACCCCAUGCUGCUCUCAGGUACCCAUGUGAUGGAGGGAUCUGGUCGGAUGCUGGUGACAGCUGUAGGUGUCAACUCACAGACAGGCAUCAUCUUCACCCUGCUGGGAGCCGGAGAGGUGGAGGAAGACGGCAAAGAGAAGAAAGGAAAACAACCCGAUGGAGCAGUGGAGAACAAUCAGAACAAAGCCAAGAAAACGGAUGGGGGUGUUGCCAUGGAGAUGCAACCCCUGAAGAGUGCAGAGGGAGGCGAAGUGGAGGACCGAGAGAAGAAGAAGACCAAUGUUCCGAAGAAAGAGAAGAGCGUCCUGCAGGGCAAGCUCACCAAACUGGCCGUUCAGAUCGGCAAAGCAGGUUUGGUGAUGUCGGCCAUCACCGUCAUCAUUCUGGUGCUGUACUUUGUCAUCAACACAUUUGUCGUUGAAGGUCGCACAUGGAUGACAGAGUGCACUCCGGUUUACAUCCAGUACUUCGUCAAGUUCUUCAUCAUUGGAGUCACUGUGCUGGUGGUGGCCGUCCCCGAGGGUUUACCGCUCGCUGUCACCAUCUCUCUGGCUUAUUCUGUCAAGAAAAUGAUGAAAGACAACAACCUUGUGCGGCAUCUGGAUGCUUGCGAGACCAUGGGCAAUGCCACGGCCAUCUGCUCCGACAAGACUGGCACCCUCACCACCAACCGCAUGACGGUAGUGCAGACUUACAUAGGUGAUGUGCACCACCGUGUGAUCCCAGACCCUGGACAGAUCAACCCCCGGACACUGGAUCUGUUAGUCAACGCUAUUGCCAUCAACAGCGCCUACACCUCCAAGAUCUUACCUCCUGAUGUGGAGGGAGGUCUGGCUAAGCAGGUGGGCAACAAGACAGAGUGUGGCCUGCUGGGAUUUGUAUUAGACCUACAGCAAGACUACGCUCCUGUCAGAGACCAGAUCCCUGAGGAGAGACUGUACAAGGUGUAUACAUUCAACUCAGUGCGUAAAUCCAUGAGUACGGUGAUCAAACUGCCCGACGGUUCCUUCCGCCUCUACAGCAAAGGAGCCUCUGAGAUCAUGUUGAAGAAGUGUUCCUACAUCCUGGAUUCCAAUGGAGAACCACGCAGUUUCCGCCCACGUGAUCGAGAUGAGAUGGUUAAACAGGUGAUUGAGCCCAUGGCCUGUGAGGGAUUGAGGACCAUCUGCAUUGCAUACCGCGACCUGCCGUCCAAUCCGGAACCAGACUGGGAGAACGAGGCAGAAAUAGUGACAGAGCUGACCUGUAUCACUGUGGUUGGAAUUGAGGAUCCUGUGCGGCCCGAGGUGCCUGAGGCCAUCCGUAAGUGUCAGCGCGCAGGCAUCACGGUGCGAAUGGUGACUGGUGAUAACAUUAACACAGCAAGGGCCAUCGCUGCUAAAUGUGGCAUCAUCCACCCCGGAGACGACUUUAUCUGUCUUGAAGGCAAAGAUUUUAACCGACGAAUCAGGAACGAGAAAGGAGAGAUUGAACAGGAACGUAUCGACAAAAUCUGGCCCAAACUGCGUGUGCUGGCUCGAUCCUCGCCAACCGACAAACAUACACUGGUUAAAGGCAUCAUCGACAGCAGUGUUAUAGAACAGAGGCAGGUUGUCGCAGUAACAGGAGAUGGAACUAAUGAUGGACCCGCUUUGAAAAAGGCUGAUGUGGGCUUUGCCAUGGGUAUUGCAGGCACAGACGUGGCUAAAGAGGCAUCUGACAUCAUCCUGACCGAUGACAACUUCAGCAGCAUCGUCAAGGCGGUGAUGUGGGGACGAAAUGUCUACGAUAGCAUCUCCAAGUUCCUCCAGUUCCAACUCACGGUCAACGUAGUGGCUGUCAUUGUGGCCUUCACUGGGGCCUGCAUCACUCAGGACUCUCCUCUGAAGGCGGUGCAGAUGCUGUGGGUAAAUCUGAUCAUGGAUACGUUUGCCUCUCUGGCGCUGGCCACUGAGCCCCCCACCGAGGCCCUGUUGCUACGGAAACCCUACGGCCGGAACAACCCUCUCAUCUCGCUGACCAUGAUGAAGAACAUCCUGGGCCAUGGAGUGUACCAGCUGGUCAUCAUCUUCACCCUGCUGUUCAUAGGCGAGCGCAUGUUUAAUAUCGACAGUGGUCGCAACGCUCCGCUCCACUCCCCUCCCUCCGAGCACUACACAAUAAUCUUCAACACCUUUGUGCUCAUGCAGCUUUUCAACGAGAUCAACGCUCGCAAGAUCCACGGAGAGAGAAAUGUCUUUGAUGGCAUAUUUUCCAACCCCAUCUUCUGCUCCAUCGUUCUGGGAACCUUCGCCGUGCAGAUCGUGAUUGUGCAGUGGGGAGGGAAGCCCUUCAGCUGUGCCCCUCUCAACGUGGAGCAGUGGCUCUGGUGUCUGUUCGUGGGAGUUGGAGAGCUGCUCUGGGGGCAGGUCAUCGCCACGGUGCCAACAGAGCGGCUGCCAUGUCUGAAGGAAGCGGGUCUGGGCCUGGAGCCCGGCGAGGAGGAAGGUGAGGAGCUGGCGGAGGAUGAGGAGGAGAUCGACUGCGCCGAGAGAGAACUACGCCGGGGACAGAUCCUCUGGUUCAGAGGCCUCAACCGUAUCCAGACCCAGAUGGAGGUAGUGAGCACGUUCAAGCGAAGCGGUUCGUUUCAGGGAGCGGUGAGACGGCGCUCCUCCGUGCUCAGUCAGCUCCACGACAUGCGAGUGGUGAAAGCAUUCCGUAGUUCACUGUAUGAGGGCCGGGAGAAACCGGAAUCCCGCAACUCCAUCCACAACUUCAUGGCCCACCCGGAGUUCCUCAUCAACGACCUCAUCCACAACAUCCCGCUGAUCGACGACACAGACGUGGACGACGAAUCAGAGCUCAGCAGAUACCAGCACCUGCACCCGGCCCUCCGCAAGCCGCCACCCCCUCCUGCCCAGCCCCCGGCCCGCACCCGUCCCACCCGCCCCUACCGCCAGUACAGCCUCCCGGUGACCCCGUGCAACCGAAACAACAACAACAACAGCAGCAGCAGCAGCAGCAGCAUCGACUCAAUGGUCACCCACGGCAACAAAAGCAACAACCGGAGCCCCCACCAUCACCACCACCGCCACCAACAGCACCACCACCAUAACCAUCACGGCAGGGACCGGCCGGUGAAACCCUCCGCCCCUCACCUGGCCCAUCUCUACUGUGUGGAGACCUCCUUAUAACUGAGCUCUUUAUGGGUUUGUGGGGGAGGAAGGGAAUCUUGGGGGAGGGGGAGGUAAAGGGUGAGAGCGAGAGAGGGCUGAGGACACUCACAUGAACAUUUUCAUUCGAUCUCCCCCGAUGACGAGCUCACACGAGGACGCGAAGGACGAGGGAGGCACCUGGAGGGAGUGGACAAUGGCUGGAGACUUCUUCUCAGCUCCCUGAGAACAUUGCGACUUUCCCUCCCUUUGCCCUUUGCUCCAGCCCUCUCAGUCUGACUCCCCCAACCCUCCCCUGACCCCCAACUCCUCUCACCCCUGACUCCCCACCACCUUCCCCUCCACCCGACCCAGCGGUCUGUCGCCUUCCCUGAGGAACACCACCCGGCCUCGCCCAGCACCGCCGCCACCCUCAACCUCAACCUCACAUACCCUCACCACACACUGCGUUUUUGCCCCUGAGUGGCGUUCGGGAUGGGGGAGGUAUUGGAUUGGGGGGGUGACAGACGCAUCGGAAAACCGGGAAAACAUCCCCUCAACGCUUCAGCAGAACAGGGCCACGUGGCUAUGGGGGCUGACUCACUCUGUUUCUAUUGGUGUUCAUCAUUAGUGCUGUCGUCACUCACUGACCCACUCAACAUUUAUCUGGCCACUUUAAAGUCACUGCUUUGCUCGCGAUAUAAGUCAAAGAAAAAAAGAGAAAAAAACGCUUUGGUAAAGCUUUAAACUAGACUUCAGUCAUUUCCAUUUCUGAUUUUAUUUUUCGACAUAAUGGUGCUCAUUCAUUUCUUUCUUUUUUACAUCGCUCGAUUUAUUUCUUCUUUCUCUCUGAAAUUUUAUAGAGAUUUUUUUCUUAAUUGUUUUCUGUCACCCCUCUCUCUCUCUUUCAGUGUGUGUGUGUGUUGUCUUGUCUCUUCUGAAGAAAAAACUGACAAAAAUGUAACAAAAACAGAAAUCACAAACAAAGAUGCUGUUCAUUUAAACCUAAUAGUAAUAGAAUGGCUGCAAAAAACAACUAAAGGAUGGGGGAGGGGGGACACAUAAAUAUAUAUAUAUAUAUAUAUAUAUAUAUAUAUAUUAUUUACACACAUAGGUAAUUUGAAUGUUUGGGAAGAAACAACACUGAACUUUUCAUCACCCGCCCAGUCCCUGAAUGCCUCCCUAUCCAUCAUGACCUGUUAUCUGUUAUCAGCUAUGAGAUGUGGGAUCUCAUGCUAAUUUGGAUGUAUGCAUUCUUUAGUUCCAUACAGCACAAAACCUAAUUUACAGCCUCCUGCCAUGUCAACGAACUCAUGAGUAUGUGUGGGUAAUAUUUAUGGUGAACCCAACGGUGACCUCCUCCUCUGUCCCUUCAUUCUCUGUUUCCCCCCAUCUUCUCUCUUGCUGUUCCUCCUUUGCUCACGUUGUCUUGUCCCUUCUUGGUCUUUUGUCGUCGUUGUCGGGUGUCUGUACACAUGUGUUUGUGUGUGUGUGUGUGUGUGUGUUUCAGCUUUUUUUUUUCUUUUUGGAAAAAAACCCAGCUGAACGCUUGUGAAGCAUUAACCCUUUAAAACGCCAUCAAAACACGCAAUGCACAGGCGAUGGCCCUUUAAGACUAACAUGCACUCACUCCGAAAGCCGCUCCUGCUCACGUGCCAUUGGGUGGUACUCCGUCAUGUGACCGGCACCCUCUCCACAGACAAAGAGAUUGUUUCAUUUGAUCAUUUGGAUAUUGAAUCCAGUUGUACGUCACUUACAAUUUUUUUAAAAAACAACAUAAAAAAUCUCCACCAAUCAGGCUCGCGUCUAGUGUCAGUGUUUAGUUUUAGCUUUAGUCCACUCACAUCUAUCAGGUGUGAACCAUGAAUGCUCAUGUCUCACGUCCUCAUACAUUCCCCAUCAUCAUGAUGUACAAUUUCUUGAUUGGGAUAUCAAAACGAAGCAGUCUGACACUUAAGAAAAUACUUAUAUUUGCUUUCCUGCUGAGUGUUGGAUGAGAAGAUCAACGUUUACAUCUGUGCAGAAUGUGAGGCUUGAAUGUGACAAAGCCUGGAUACAAGAGGAAACAUCUAGACUGGGUCCAAUGCACAUCUCAGCACAUUUAAAGCUCACUAAGUAACAGAAAUUAGUUUCUCUUGGCUGCUGGGAGACAUUACACACCCACAAACUAAACGCAGGAUUGUUGUGACAGUGGAUUGUGCUGCAGGAGGCUGUUUAGUCUUUUUUUGUGGAGUUUCAGCAUUUUGUCAUCUGAAAUUGUUGCUGGGAGGUGCUGAAAAAAAUCAAUCAUACUUUAGAUAGUAUGAUCAUGAGCUAAGUAUUAAAUUGCAUUCUGAGGUGUGUAAAUUGCAGACUGAGAAAUACAAUCAUUUGCCUGUGCAGAUUCUCAGUCGUCUGGGUCAUGGUAGCCCGAAGAGCUUCACUGAAAAGCAACAGGACUCUUGAAGGUGUUUCACCUCUCAUCCAAAAGGCAGAACUGAAGAGGCCUCUUGGGUUUGAGGUAAAGCAUCUUCAAGAACUAAAAAGAAAAGUCAAGUUGCCUUCUGCUGAAGAAAAUACAAGCAUGUAUUUGACUUCUUUUUCAGCACAGACUGGGCUGUUUGAAUAUGUCUGCUGCGAUAUAACCAGAGUUCAAGCAUAAAGGAAUUGCAUUUUUUCACGUUUUAUUCAUUUUUCAACACAAAAAAAACAAUCUUGGUGCAUUUAGCUUCUUCAAACUUGAGGCGCAAAAUUAUAAGCUGACAAAGAAACAGAUCAACUUAAUGCUUUUACAGUUGUUUAAAAUUGGAGUAGUCUUACUCACCAGAUGUUUCUGUUGCGCUAUCUACAAUUCACCAUUUCCAAAGUCCACUUCACUACAGGAAACAACCACAACAACGUCCACACUGAAAAUUUCAGUCACAAGAUAAUCGUAAAUACAGAGAAAUACAGAGAAGCCGAGUUCAGCCAACUGAUAAUGAUGUGCAGUUAGACCAUUCAACAUGGUGCUGUGUCAGCAGUAGAGAAGGGUCUUGCUAUGUGAGACAAAUGGAAAGACCAAAACCAACGACAAAAAACAAUGAAUUUUGGUUGUGUAGAAGAUUAUGUGCCGUAGAAUUUCUGGGCUGAUGCUGUGAAUAAAGCUAAUGAGAAAUAAUCCAUUAGAGAGCUUUAGUGGUGCUGCUCGAAUUAUUUGCUUUCCUUUGGGCCAAGCUACGAAAGCUGUUCUCCAUCUUUGAAUCACAAGAAUUAUGAACAAGUAAAAUGAUCAUGUUGUGCAUUCAGACCAUUCUACACAGCGCUGAGUCAGGAGAAGAAAAUGUGCUGGCCAUGGGGACUUUAAUUGGAGAGACCUCAGGGUUAAACCAAAGAGAGGCAGUUAUGUGAGAAUGUUGAUGGAUAAUGUGAUGCAGUCAGACCAUUCUACACAGCGCUGUGCUAGUAGUAGCGAAUGGUCUGGCAAUCAGUCAAUCAGAGGGUUAAACCAAAGAGACGUGGUUUUAUAGACGAUUAUGUGAUUUCCCUGCCGACCUUCUUGGAUUAAACAAAUGAGAAAUAACCUGUUAGUGAGCUUCAGAUGUGCUGCGAGAAGGAUUUUGUUUCUUUAGGGCUAAGCCAAUCCAGCUGCUCCCCACAGUUUUCUGUCUUUUAAUCACUAGGCGAUUGAGAUUAGUUUAAGGAAAUGCAAACAAGCGAGAAUGUUUUUUUUUUUCCAGCUAUAACAGAAUGAUAAUGAGAUGCAGUUAGACCAUUCUACACAGCACUCUAUCAGCAGAAGGGAACGGUCUGGAUAUGCAAGACUUCAAAAGGGUUUAUCCAAAGAGAGGAAACAACAAAUUAUGGUUUCGUAGGUUUAGUAAGGUUGUAAAGUUUUGUGCCAUAAGAUUUUUGGGCUGACCUUCGUGGAAGAAACAAACGUGGGCUAACCUGUUAAUGAGCUUUAGAGGUGCUGCAGGUGUUUCUUUUGGGCCAAGCCAGACGAGCUGUUUCAUCUUUAAAUCACAAGAUGAUUGUGAUUGGUUUCCCCCACUAUAGUAGAAUGAUAAUAUUGUGCAGUCAGAUCAUUCUACACAGCGCUGUAUCAGCAGUAAAGAAUAGUCUGGCUAUGUGAGACUGCAAAUCAGAUGGUUUAACCAAAGAGAGGUGGUUUUGCGGAAGAUUAUGUGAUUUCUGGGCUGACCUUUGUGGAUGAAACAAAUGAGAAAUGACCAACUGUUGGGCUUUAGAGUUGCCGUCAGACAGAUUUAGUUCCUUACAGUCAAUAUCGAACUGGUAUCAAGGAAGCCAGUGAGCCCAUUUCCCAAAUCGUUGGAGUGACACAUUAUGUUGUACAAUGCAAAGGCCAGUGACACGCUGCAUGAACACACCCAACAACAAAAGAAAAUUAAAUCAGAAGGCCUCCCAUGUGACACCGGGUCCACCGUCACCUCCAUCUCAACAUUCCAUGGAACAUACAUUCCAGACAUCACAUUCCAGAGCGGGUGUGAGAGUGCCCUCCUGUAUCCCAUGAUGCACUAGGUGUGGGUGAACCGCUGACUUCAUGUUGCCUCGGAGCGCGACGCCGCAAAGCAAUGCAAACUCCUCCGCCGCCUCCCUCCCCGUCGUCCCCCUUCCUGCUCCCCACCGCCCCCCUUUACCCUGCCCUCGGUCGACUCCCACCAGCCAGAGGAAGGCAAGGGGCAGAUAAUAUGCAACCAGACUGCCAAACACCUGAACCCGGCCGUGAGAGUAGAAACACAGCGAGAGAACACGUCUGUCCUGCUAGUUCUGUUUCAGGAUGCGCGCAGGGCUCUCUGGGAAAACACCCCCCCUACCUGUACAGAACUCUGUCUUCUUGAAUGCUCAUCAUCAUCGUCGCCACCCUCGACCCGGAUGGCGACACUGUAUUGGUCUGUCUGUUUUGAAGCAUGCAUUUGGUAUCAUUAAUGUCACUCUUUAUGUGUUGGUAAAUCAUUUAGGCUACUGUCACUUCUGUGUGCUAUGAUCUCUCCACAUCUGCUUUCUCACACACACAAACACACACAAAACACAUCCUGUAACCUGUUUCUAUUUCAGCACCUCUGAGCACGGCUACAUCAGUGCUUUCGGCGGUAUUAAAAGAAAAGAAAAAAAAAACAACUUGAAAAAAACAAAACAAAAAAAACAGACACCAAACGACAAAGAGGGGUGGGGGAUAAUCUACAGUUGGUGUAAAUUUGACUGUCCAGUUCCAGCCAUCUCUGUCCAUCCGUCCAGCACAUCAUGAUGUUGUGAGACAGUUUCACAGAAGGCAAAACACAAUGUGAAAAAGAACAUAUUAUUUAUCAGAAUUAUAAAAUUGUACAACUGCACCACUACUGUACAGAUCGCCCAAAUGUGCACAUGUGCAUCUUUGAUUUUACAGGUACUAUGUUCCUGUUACACCUCUUUUUCUUCUUUUCUUUUUUAAAUUUAUUUAUUUAUAUUUUUUCUUUCUUUUAACUCCUUUUUGCUUUUUGUAAAGAGAGGAACAACAAAAUGGAAGCGCUUGUAUAUUAUGAUUAUUAUUAUUAUGAUUAUUAUUCUUAUGAUUUUCUCCACCGGUGCUCCCACUGAUGGAAAAAAAGACAGUUGCACAUUCUCCUGAGCAUAUUCUGAGGGCUGUGUUUUCUGUCCAUUGAACAGCCCCUGAAGUGUGCAGAGGUGUGGAGAUACUUCUAGUCUCUUAAGACCAGAGACACCACUCUGUAAAUACAGAACAGGAGAUACAAAAUGUACCUCAUUAUGAUCUAAGGACUGGACAAAGUGGGGACCCAACGGAGGACGGAAGAACCGGAGGGCGACGCAGAGCUAGAGGCCGCAGAAGUGCAGCGCGUCCACGCACUGUUUAGGCUGCUCUCUUAGAUCUGCCGCAAGUAUUUACUGCCAUGUGACGAACGGGAAGGAAUUAAGGUUUUACAUUAUUCAUUAUACAUACUGUUGUAAAUAUUGUUUGUGGAAAUGGUCCCCCUUCUUGCACAACGCAGUGCUGUUCUGAAGACAGAAAAUGCAGCCUUAACUGUGCUGAAACGAUAAAAAGACCAAAAAAAGAAAAAAACCCAUAAAGACUAUUGAAUAUAUUAAAGAGUUACCUGCCUGUUAUUUAAGCGAAUAAAUAUCUAUAUAUGAGAAAGAACACACCUGUAUACUGUAGACUAAAUCUGUAUGAGAAUCUAAGAGAAUUUAAUGGGAAUUAAGUCCAACACCUUUUGUCUGUAUGAAAGAAAAAAUACAUCAAAGUAUUCUACAAUAAUAACUUUGACAAAGUC